AUGAGGUUCUCUGUGCAAGUGUCAGUUACUGGGCCGUGCACAUGUGACCUGUCAGUUACUGGGCCGUGCACAUAUGACUUGUCAGUUACUGGGCCGUGCACAUAUGACCUGUCAAUUACUGGGCCGUGCACAUAUGUCCUGUCAAUUACUGGGCCGUACACAUAUGACCUGUCAGUUACUGGGCCGUACACAUAUGACCUGUCAGUUACUGGGCCGUACACAUAUGACCUGUCAGUUACUGGGCCGUACACAUGUGACCUGUCAGUUACUGGGCCGUACACAUAUGACCUGUCAGUUACUGGGCCGUACACAUAUGACCUGUCAGUUACUGGGCCGUACACAUAUGACCUGUCAGUUACUGGGCCGUACACAUGUGACCUGUCAGUUACUGGGCCGUACACAUAUGACCUGUCAGUUACUGGGCCGUACACAUAUGACUUGUCAGUUACUGGGCCGUACACAUAUGACCUGUCAGUUACUGGGCCGUACACAUAUGACUUGUCAGUUACUGGGCCGUGCACAUAUGACCUGUCAAUUACUGGACCGUGCACAUGUGACCUGUCAGUUACUGGACCGUGCACAUAUGACCUGUCAAUUACUGGACCGUGCACAUGUGACCUGUCAGUUACAGGACCGUGCACAUAUGACCUGUCAGUGACUGAGCAGCACAUGAUCAAUAGCAUCUUUAUCUCUUCUGGAUGUGCUCAGAGCCAAACAUGGACAAUCAAUAGGACACUAGAACAGACAAACAUGGACAAUCAAUAG